ACCGUCACACGGCAGAAGGAGGCGGUGUCUCAUAGUCGCGCAGAUGCAGUUUUGAGCUGGCGGGGGCGCGCAAGAUGGCGUUCCCAAAGUACAAGCCCUCGCGCUUGGCCCCUCUUCCCCCUACUCUUGACCCAGCCGAAUACGACAUAUCUCCGGAAGCCCGGAAUGCGCAAGUCGAGCGUUUGGCCAUAAAAGCCCGGCUUAAACGAGAGUAUUUGCUUCAGUUCAACGACCCUAAUCGCCGAGGGCUCAUCGAAGAUCCUGCUUUGACUCGUUGGACCUAUGCAAGAUCAGCUAAUAUCUAUCCCAGUUUCAGACCCACUCCUAAAAACUCACUGAUAGGAAUUUCGUUUGGACUUGGGCCCCUCAUCUUCUGGUACUAUGUUUUCAAAAUGGAUAGGGAUAGGAAGGAAAAGCUUAUCCAGGAAGGAAAAUUGGAACGACCAUUUAAUAUCUCAUAUUAAGUCUGGCAAUGAUAACUAUUUUCUUGCUUAAAUAAAUCUUCUACUAAAGGCCGGGCAUAGUGGUGCAUGCCUGUAAUCCCAGCACUUGGGAGGCUGAGGCAGGAGGAUCGCUGCAACUGUGAAGCCAGCCUGGAGUGCUAGUGAGUUUAAGGCCAGUCUGAACUACAUAGUGAGACCCUGUCUCAAAAAACCAAAAAAAUUAAAAAAAAUCUUCUGUUAUUAACUA